UAACACCUGGUUUUAGUCGGUUUAAAGCGAAAGUUUGCUGGUACACGCUUAUUGAGUGUCAAUUUGUUGCUAUGUAAAUGUCAACCCCUUUAAAAACCUUUAAUUUUGGCUUAUAAAUGUGGGAAUUUCGGACACACCGUACUUGCGAGUACACUAUUGAAUAUGGGGAGGAAGCCUGGACUCAAGAAUCAAGCACAAAUAGACAUUUAUGGAUGGUCGAUGACAUAUCCAGUUCUGAUCUAUGUCUAAACUUCAAGAAUGUCUGCUUGAAAAUGUCAAGAACUACCAACCCGGCCAGCUUAUCAGAUAUUCGUCUCCUCGCUUUAAACGAUAUCUACAAAUUUGAUAAAAACUUCUCCACCUCAGUUAGCAAAUAUUUUUCGGUCAAGGUCCAUAAUUCAUUAAAAUCUCUCGUAAAUUUAAAUAAAUAUCUACCAACACCUGGAUUGAAGUGCUGUGACCGGUGCUUAGAUAUCGAGCGAUCCCCUCCCGAUGAUUGGCUUUCUUCGGUGACACGGUUUGAUAUAAGUUUGAGUAUAUGAUAUAGUGUGAUUACUGGGAUGAAAGAUGAAUGCACCACUUUCUUUCUUGUCACAAUUGCUACUUUAUCCUCUAUAUUUGAGACUUUAUCUUUCCCAUGUUCUCACACAAGUUUUACCUGUUCUUAUACAUGGCCCACCUGACGAUUCAAACGAGGAUAGUUAUGUUCAUUACUACCUGUCACCUCUGUUGGCUUCUAUCUUUGGCUCAGAUCCUCUCAUGAAAAUGAAAUGAGCAAAUGGUCAGUUAU